UGUAAUAAGAAAUUAAGAAGCUCCGGAAAUUUGAAAUUUCCAAGUCUGAGGCCUCUCUUUCUUCUCACUUCUCAAAUCUCUUCUCUAGCAAGCUGCCUUCUUUUCCUGCCACUGACUAUUCAGAUCUCAGCUUCUCUGCUAGGUGAAGAGUAGAACUCACCAGAAAUGGCCGGCCGUUACGAUCACAACCCUUUUGCUGAAGAAGAAGAAGUUAAUCCUUUUGCUGGCACUGGGAGAGUCCCCCCUGCCACAAAGUCGAGGCUUUCUCCCCUUCCUCCCGAACCAGCUGGUUUCUAUAACAAUGCCUCUAUUGAUAUUCCACUUGAUAGCACUGCGGAUUUAAAAAAGAAAGAGAAGGAGUUGCAGGCUAAAGAGGCUGAACUGAGGAGCAGAGAGCAGGAGUUGAAGCGGAAGGAAGAUGCUGCUGCAAGAGCUGGUAUUGUUCUUGAGGCAAAGAAUUGGCCACCAUUCUUCCCAAUAAUCCAUCAUGAUAUUGCGAAUGAAAUACCAAUUCAUCUGCAGAGGCUGCAAUAUGUUGCUUUUACAACCUUCUUAGGGCUUUUUGCAUGUCUCUUAUGGAAUAUAAUUGCUGUCACUACUGCAUGGAUUAAAAAUGGAGAUGUAAAGAUCUGGUUUCUAUCUAUCAUCUACUUCAUCUCAGGGGUUCCGGGAGCCUAUGUGCUGUGGUAUCGUCCACUCUACCGUGCUUUUAGAAAAGAAAGUGCUUUGACAUUCGGGCGGUUUUUCUUGUUUUAUUUGCUUCACAUUGGAUUCUGUAUCUUUGCUGCUGUUGCUCCUCCAGUAGUUUUCAAAGGAAAAUCUCUAACAGGUAUCCUGCCUGCUGUUGAUCUCAUUGGCGACCAUGUUUUGGUUGGGGUUUUCUACUUCAUUGGUUUUGGGCUGUUCUGUCUCGAGUCAGUUCUCAGCAUUUGGGUUAUACAGCAAGUAUACAUGUACUUCAGAGGCAGCGGUAAAGCUGCAGAGAUGAAGCGCGAGGCUGCUAGAGGAGCCUUAAGGGCAGCAAUAUGAAAGUUGCACUUUCCACUGGUACAAUAGUUCAGGUUUGUACAGGCAUUUGUGAAUGCCAUAGAGGAGAGCAGCGCGGGUAAAAAUAUAAUAUCCAGUUAAGCUACACAGACGAGCUUGUUUCAUCAUAUGUUUGUGUUCAUUCUUGUCAUGUAUGUUAAACAUCCACAUUGUGCUAAAAAGAACAAGUACGAAAACCAUACCCGCGCCAAUCUUUUGUUUAGCAGAUUCAUUUGUAAAUCUCUUUCGUCGACAUUUUUCUUUAGCUCACAUUAUUAGGUAAAUUGAUGUUGUCCUAAAUAUGAUGUUGGUCUUUUCCUCAAUGAAGUUUGAUGCAUUUUGUACUAGGAAA